GUGUGAGUGUGUGUGUGAGGGACAGUGUGUGAGUUUGGAGCUGUGUGAGUGUGUGAGUAAAAGCAAAAGGACGUUGCUGUGUAUCAGGAGUGGACAAGGCCUGGGAAUAGAGCAGGACAAUAAUUAGUGAGUGGAAGGAGGAGCAGAGAAGUGAGAAGUACAUGAGGGAGUAGUAUUGUGUAUCCAGAUAUUACAUAUUGUGUAACAACGUGUUUAGCGACUGUAUAAGGACACGAGUGAGUAAAAGUCAUUAGUGAGAGCAGUAGAAGUUGUGUCAGUAAUGAGGAUUAGAGACUUUUACUUCUCUAUCGUGUGUGAAGAGAAACAGAAGAAUCUCGUGAAGAGACUCAAGCGAGAGAGUGAGCGGGAACGGGAGGGAGACUUGUCCUGGCCGAGGGGGCGGGGCUUGAUCCGGAAGCGGAGACUGAGAGGAUUGGCAGGUGGCAGCGGGUGCAGAGCUGGAGCAGGAGGGCCGGGAUUGUUCAGUGCUGGGCCGGGGAGAUGAGGCCGCCCGACUCCCUCAAGCUGCUUCUGUGUCUCUGUGUUUAUGGCUGGAGGGACUUGUCUGUAUCUUCUGCGGGGCUACUGGAAGUCUCUAUUGGUCAGUUCACAGACCUGAGACUGAAUCACACGGCUCCGACUGAGAUCCUUCUGCGGAACAUUCCGGUUAACGUGUCCUUCGUUCUCUUCCACGUGCACACGCUCUACCAGAAUGUGACAGUUUCGCUCAGCAAGAUUCCCACUGCAAAUGAUUCAGAAACCGGCAGCGACGCAGGAUUACUGAAUGAACUCCGGCCCGUACAGACCAACUGCAGCUGGUACUUGGCAUCCUCCGACCUCAACCAGCUGCUGGCAACGGCGGUGACUGUUCCAUAUGGAGAGAAAGAUCCAGUUCCGGGGGCGUGUAACGUGGAGUUCAGUUUAGAUGUUGAUCCGAACGUUUAUCUGCGAUAUAAUCUCUAUGAAACGGUCAUCACUUUUGCACCAGCCAAUCUGGGAUCUGCCAGAGGGAACAAUGCGCCUCCCUGUGAUAUAAAGAGAGAGCAAGAGACAAGAUGGCGAUUACUAUAUGAUAUUUAUCAGUAUUUCCUGCCAGAGAAUAACCUCAGUGAUACAGUGUUACUCGCUCAUCUGCACAGGAUGUCUAUGGUGCAAGCGAUUAUGAGCAAUGGCAUUAAGCUCCUCACCCUGAACUCUGAGCAGAUGACUAAAGUCUCCUUCUCUUCCAUCCCGGGCCAAGGAGUGAUCUACAAUGUGAUUGUACGGGAUCCGCUGCUCAACACCUCUGCGGCCUAUGUGCCCGUUCAUACGUACGCUUGUAACUUCACCAACGUCAUGGACAACUGCUACACGCUGGGGAAAGCCUCAACCAGAGUGUUUUUCACUUUCUGUGCUCUCUUCGGCCUCUUCAUCUGCUUCUUUGGGCAUCAGUUUCUGAAGACAGAAUUCUUUUUCAUGGGAUUCAUCAUCGUCGGGUUCUUGAUCUUUAUCCUCCUCACCAGAGUGACUGUCAUGGGAUACGACGGCCUCUUGGGAGUAACAUCAGCCUCGGGUAUCAUCGGUGGCCUCCUCUUUGUGGGAUUCUGGUGGAGAUUUGGCUGUCCUCAUGUCUGUCUGCUGCUUGUGGGCCUGGUUCUCGGGUUCCUGACGGCUUCCAUUGUCUUCUUUACACCCAUUGGGGAUUAUGGGACUUUUCAUGAUGACACAGUGUUUUGGCUCACCUUUGCCUGUAUUUCAUUGGUGGUGCCGGUGGCCUUUCUCGUCUCUGCUAAAACUCUCAAUAUAUUCACCUGCUCAGUGGUUGGCUCCUACACUCUGGUUUUGGCCGUAGACAGUUAUGUGUUCACGAGCCUCACCUACAUCACCUUAAACAUUGUAAAGAGGGCGGUAAACCAAGAAUUCAGUAGUGUCUACACCAGUGUUCCCUUCCAGACCAAUGACUUUAUCAUGAUUGCAUUAUGGGUAGUCCUGUAUGUCAGUGGAGUGGCCACCCAGCUGUAUCGGGAGCGAGAGAAGACGCCCUUCCCUCCGACCCCGUACUUGUUGUGGAUAAGAGACAGAGAGCGAAGGAAAACCAACGUCUUGGACCCCAGUUACCACCUCCCGCCGUUAAGAGAACGAAUUCUAAUCCGACUGGCGCAGUUUCGAGAUUUUUUCCGCAGAGAUCAGCCGACGGGUGAACGGUCGCCAUUACUUCUAUAGCCGCGUGGGAAGAGCAGGAAUGAGUUAACUUUGUCUCUGCCAUAAAUCACCGGUGCCAAAAGAAGGAGAUCAUUUCAUAUAUAUAUAUAUAAGUAAAAACACACAAUACGCUCUCUCUUUAUUAUACUAUUACAGCUCACAAGAGUCCGAGGAAGAUGAAAUGACCCCCACGUGGAUGGAUCAAGAUAAGAGAUUUAUGUACCUGCUGAAAUGUUGUAUUUCCUUCUAUAAGGAGCUGAUGUUGUUAUUAAUAUCUGCGUGUCAGUCAUAAAGAUCUCCCAGCUGUAUAAAACUACGGGGUGGGGAUUGUUACUUCUAAUGUUAAUGCAGAGGAGAAAUAGAUUAUAA